AGCCCAGUGCGGUCCAAAUCGGAAGUGGUCCUUGAAAAUUACUUUCCCAGGAAACUUGAAUUCGAAAGACAAUGCCAUUCGAAUUCGCUUUUUCCUAAAGCAAACUCAUCAACAGAAAUACAGUCAAACUCUUGCUUUCAGCACAGAAAGCUACCCUCUCCUCCCGAGAGGAACUUCUAUUCCUGCAGCGGCGGCAGCAGAACGGAACCAAGGAAGCAGAGUGCCCGGGUUCUCCCACGAGCGCUUCUCUGGAGCAGACCAGCCCCCUAGCGGGGUUGCCGUGGAGACAGAGCGAGCUGUGGAUGCAGAGUGAACGUCGAGGCUGGGCCUUUACUGCCUGUCUGCCAAGGAGGCUUCCAGGACCCACGCCAAGAUGAUGCUUUCAAGGGCCAAACCGGCUGUGGGCGGAGACCUACUGCACACUGACAAAAGAAAGAAGAAAGGUAGGAAGAUUCCAAAACUAGAGGAGCUACUUUCACAAAGAGAUUUCACUGGAGCUAUUACCCUGCUGGAGUUCAAACGUCACGUUGGGGAACAAGAAGAAGAUACUAAUUUGUGGAUUGGCUACUGUGCUUUUCACUUGGGUGAUUACAAGAGAGCUUUGGAGGAAUAUGAAAAUGCAACAAAAGAGGAAAAUUGCAAUCCCGAAGUCUGGGUGAACCUAGCCUGCACCUACUUUUUUCUCGGAAUGUAUAAACAAGCAGAAGUUGCUGGAUUUAAAGCUCCAAAAAGCCGACUUCAAAACCGCCUCCUCUUUCACUUGGCUCACAAGUUUAAUGAUGAAAAGAAGUUGAUGAACUUUCAUCAGAAUCUUCAGGAUAUCAUAGAAGAUCAACUCAGUUUGGCUUCCAUCCACUAUAUGCGAUCUCACUACCAAGAAGCUAUUGAUAUUUAUAGGCGAAUACUGCUAGAUGACAGGGGGUACCUUGCCCUCAAUGUUUAUGUGGCCCUAUGUUACUACAAGUUGGAUUACUAUGAUGUGUCUCAAGAAGUUCUGGCCAUUUACCUCCAGCAAAUUCCUGACAGUACCAUCGCACUCAAUCUCAAGGCCUGCAAUCAUUUUCGCCUUUACAACGGCAAAGCAGCUGAGGCAGAACUCAAAAGCUUGAUGGACAAUGCUUCGUCUUCCUUUGAAUUUGCUAAAGAACUCAUCAGACACAACCUGGUGGUUUUCCGAGGCGGUGAAGGGGCUUUGCAGGUUUUGCCUCCCCUGGUUGAUGUCAUUCCUGAAGCCAGGCUAAACUUAGUGAUUUACUACCUUCGUCAGGAUGAUGUACACGAAGCUUAUAACUUAAUUAAGGAUCUGGAACCUACUACUCCUCAGGAGUAUAUCCUCAAAGGAGUGGUCAAUGCAGCCCUUGGCCAAGAAAUGGGUUCGAGGGAUCAUAUGAAAAUUGCCCAGCAGUUCUUCCAGUUGGUGGGAGGUUCAGCUAGUGAAUGUGAUACAGUACCAGGGAGGCAGUGCAUGGCUUCCUGUUUCUUCCUGCUUAAGCAAUUUGAUGAUGUCUUGAUAUACCUCAACUCAUUUAAGAGUUACUUCUAUAAUGAUGACAUCUUUAACUUUAAUUAUGCCCAAGCCAAAGCUGCAACAGGCAAUACCAGUGAGGCUGAAGAGGUUUUUCUGUUAAUCCAAAGUGAGAAGAUGAAAAACGAUUACAUUUAUCUCAGUUGGUUGGCUCGAUGCUAUAUACUGAAUAAGAAACCAAGGCUAGCCUGGGAACUUUACCUAAAGAUGGAAACCUCUGCUGAGUCCUUUAGCCUCCUACAGCUCCUUGCUAAUGACUGCUACAAGAUGGGCCAGUUUUACUAUUCAGCCAAAGCAUUUGAUGUCCUAGAGAGACUGGAUCCCAACCCUGAAUAUUGGGAAGGCAAGAGGGGUGCCUGUGUGGGCAUUUUCCAGAUGAUCUUAGCUGGGCGAGAACCCAAAGAGACCCUUCGAGAAGUCCUCCAUUUACUGAGAAGCACGGGUAACACCCAAGUAGAAUACAUCAUCCGGAUCAUGAAGAAAUGGGCCAAAGAAAAUAGAGUGCCUAUCUAAAAUAGCUCCAGAGGCCUGGGGAAGCAGUCACCAAUUUGCCGUAAGAUUGGAAAUCAUUUGCCUCAAGUUUGAUGUAAGAUGGAGGCCUCUAUUUUAGUGACAUUUUCCUUCUCUGCUUUUCAAGUCACAAACCCAGUGACUGGCUGCUUAGACCUUGUCUCCUGGCUGAAGUUAAGUGCCAGAGCCUGUGUUGUGGCCCCUGAGUGAUCUGAGUAGCAAUAAGACUUCGGUGCCUUUCUUCCAGAAAUACUCAGAGAACUCUUACAUCAUUCACUGACUUUAAGGAGAAUGGCAAACUUUUUUUUUAUAUUAACAUUCUAUGGCAUUUUCUCCAAGCUGCAAUAAUAAAUGCCAUUAAUGCUCAA